AUGUCCUCACCAGAUCAAGAUACCCCGACUAACAAAGAUGGAAGGGCUCCCAUAACGAAAACAAGAAGAAGCGAAAGACAAAGGACCAUGCCACUAUCUUCUUCUCCUAAUUCAUCAUUGUCAUCAACAUCAGACUCUAGUACGUCUUCAUUUAUAUCACAUUCUCGCUCGGAAUUUCUUAGUCCCAUUACUACACCACUUCGACAAUCACAACAGCAACGACAAGAUAGCAGUAAUAUAACGCAAAGUACAACGGCUACCUCAGAUUCUACAACGACACCAAUAAAAGUCAGCUCAUUGAUACAUAACCAUUUCGAGAAAAGGAAAAGGCAAAGAAUCGAAAGUGGUGAUGAUCCAGAUCCUGAUGUCUUAUUAAAAAAUAUGAUCACGACAGUGGAUGAGAUUACUCAAUUAGCUGCCACAAUAUGUAGACAAAAUAAUGUUCUUAUCGAUGAUUUUCCUCGGAGUACUAGUACGCCACAACGUACCAGAAAAAGGAACUUGGAAGAUAAAAAUACAAGUAAGAGCAUUAGAUAUGCUGAGAAGGAAGAAGAAGAAGAGGAAGAAGAUUCAGAUUAUAUUACAGUGAAAGAAAUCAAUGAAUUGUUAGUUUUUAGUAAAAAAAUUAAGAAGGAAGAAAUAUUCAAAAGGAUUGAUCAAUUGGUUGCCAAAAGUGAAAAAUUACGAUUGGUUAGGGAGCAGAAGAGACAGAUUGAAAACAAAGACCAAAGUAAGAACAUUAAUAAAAGGAACUAUAGCAAUAAUAAAGUAGACCAAUUGAUCCAAUGUCUGAAACAGCAUGAAGAUGAUUAA